AUGAAUCCUUUCUUCAACUUGAGUGGCUGCGUUCAAAAUGCUUUUCCUUCUCCUACAAUGAAGACGAUCACUCCAAGCUCAAUUUUGCCAUCUUCACUCCAUGAAAUGGGAGUUUCGUCACCGCUGAAUGCCAGGAUGUUAUCGAAUGUCGGCUACAAUACUUUCCAAGACGUGGAGCAUCUUCCCGAAGCGCUCGAAGAAACGGUCGAUGGUGGACUUAUGCCUGGAAUUCCCGUGAUGCGACCACAACUUCCUUGCUUUCCGAUCACAAACUUUGCCGACUACAAUGUGAGCUUUCCAAGGACUGUCAACAUGGAGAUGCCAAGACAUGUCGAAGCUGCUCACGAGGAAACGGUUCUCGGAGGGCACAUUCCAGGGCAGCCACCUCUUCAGCCGCUCCCUCAAACGAGCGAUCAACAGGUGCUAACGGAUGAGGAGCGAGAAGAGGCACUCAGGAAGAAAAGGAAAGAAGAGGCUUUCAAGACGGCCCUAUGUGAUGCAUAUCGACGAAACGGUAAAUGCUCGUAUGGGGAUGCGUGUCGAUUCGCUCACGGGGAACAAGAGCUCCGACUUCCCGCUCAACCAAAAGGAAAAGCUCAUCCGAAGUAUAAGACCCAGCUGUGCGACAAGUUCUCUCAAUUCGGAUGGUGUCCAUACGGUCCAAAGUGUCAAUUCAUCCACAAGCUCAAGAAGGGUCUCCCUAUUGUCGAAUAUGACCGCUUGGUUACCUCUGGGGAACUUUCGCCUGCCAAGGACUGUGAAGUGCUUAUUGUGGAUCAGUCACCAAUGAAAGCGGGCUGGCAAGAGCUGCGUCUUGAUCAACCUCCACCUGCAAUGUUGAAGAAUCGCCGGAGCCGUGACAUUCGCGCCAAAGAGGACCAGUCUGAUCAGUUUCAAGCUGUCACUGCUGCUCUUCCUGGAAAGGUGGCUUUGCAUGGAGUCAACGCGCAAAUCAUCGAGAGCACCCGCAAGAAAGCCCUUGAGAAGAUGCUCCGCGAAGUGUUGCAACGUGAAAAUGAGGAGAAGAGAGCCGCCGAACGCCGUGCUCAGCAUGCUCGCGAGCAAAUUAAAUCCAACUUUCUG